AUGCCUGUGGUUCCAUCGGGUCGACUGCGACUCAAGCAUGCCGCCAACUUGAUCAACCACCACCUCUCCGACCUCAACAUCCUCUUUGAACCCCAACUGCGCGAAUCUGUCGGACCCACCGGCACUGAAUACGUGUUCAUCGACUACCUGCAAGAAGCUAUUCCCGAACUCAAGGAUCUGAACGAAACUCAAGUGCGACGUGCCAUCAAAUACGAUGCCGUCGACAGACUUGAGCUGCACCCAGAACACAGCCAGGUGCGACGUUGCAGGCCGUUUGACGAGACAGAGGCAGUCGAUCGGAUGCUGUUUGUGGACGAUAUCGACAUUUUGGGUCACGAGGACGAUCCCACUGCCAUCUUUCAACAACUCCUCCUCCCUUACCCCGGCGAACCUCUCGACCUGCCAUCGUCUCAUAACAACAACGACGAUAGCAGCCAAGAGGAGGACAAUGACGACGACGAGAGCGAUCCUUCACAGGCAUCGACUGACCACCAGGCACUCAACAAUCAGACCAUCAUCCGACCCUAUGGCAACAAGCCCACUCGCUUCUUCCAAGGGUUCUGUUAUGUCGAAUUCCCAUCUCGAGAUCUCUGCCUCCAAAUGUCCACCAGAAUCCUCUCCCGGAACAAUUCUGUCCGCGUUAUGCCCAUGAGGCAAUGGCGCAAGCUGGAGAGCGAAUACCUGAGUCUCAGAACGAAGGCACACGCCCACUAG